AUGUUGCAUCAGGACAGUAAUGAUGACACUGAAGAUAUUUCACUGUUUGAUGAAGAAGAGGAGACAACUAACCAAAAAAAAUCCAAAAUUGGACAUCCAGUGGCAUCAUUUUUCCAUUUAUUCUUUGGAGUCAGUGCAAUUAUUGUCUGUCUUCUCUGUGAGUUGCUCAGCAACAGCUUUAUUGCCUGUCUGGUAACAAUUAUCUCGUUGUCGUCACAUGACUUUUGGGCAGUGAAGAAUGUCACAGGUAGACUAAUGGUUGGGCUACGUUGGUGGAAUUAUAUUGAUGAAGAUGGAAAGAGUCAUUGGGUGUUUGAGUCCAGGAAGGCAUCCCCUCAAGAGAAUAGAACUGUUUCAGAGGUUGAAUCAAGAACCUUUUCGUUAGGACGUAUUGCCAGCCCAGUGCUGUGGGUGAUAUUUGCCUUUAGUGCCCUCUUCUCCUUCAGAGUAAAGUGGUUGGUGGGGGUUAUGAUGGGCGUGGUGCUCCAAGGUGUGACUAUAUGGUCACAUCAGGUGUAA